AAAGACCUGAUAUUGAUAAUUAUCAAAAUAUAUCAAAUGAAAUACUUCAACAAGAAGCAAAUAAUGAUUUAGAAAGAAACAAACUAAUAAACAAAGUAGCAAAUUAUUUACAAGUAAAAUUCAUCAAUUUAAAAAUUUACCUGAACCAAAAAAUGCAACAGAAGGUAUAUUUUAAUCAUUUCAUAGUAAAUCAUAUGAUU